UACUUACCCAGAAUUCCAUAUCAAAACAAAGACAACUCUUGCACUUCCUCUUCCGCCUCGAACGUGAAAAUGGCAGUGGGAAAGAAUAAGAGGCUAACUAAAGGUGGCAAAAAAAGCUCCAAAAAGAAGGUUGUUGAUCCCUUUACAAAGAAAGACUGGUAUGAUGUCAAGGCACCAAGCAUGUUUGUUGUCCGACAGAUUGGAAAAACUUUGGUCACCAGAACACAAGGAACAAGAAUUGCUUCUGACGGCCUGAAGGGGCGUGUGUUUGAAAUCUCCCUGGCAGAUCUUCAGAAUGACGAAGUCUCCUUCAGGAAAUUCAAACUGAUGGCUGAGGAAGUCCAAGGUCGUAAUGUCCUGACCAACUUCCAUGGUAUGGACCUGACUAGGGAUAAGCUGUGCUCCAUGGUGAAGAAAUGGCAGACCCUGAUCCAGGCUCAUGUUGAUGUGAAGACCACAGACGGUUUCCUUCUGAGGAUGUUCUGUAUUGGUUUUACCAAGAAGAAGCAGUUCCAAGUGAAGAAAACUUGUUACGCCCAACACACACAGGUCAAGACCAUCAGAAAGAAGAUGGUUGACAUCAUCACAAAGGAGGUGACAUCCAAUGAUAUCAAAGAGGUCGUCAACAAACUUAUUCCAGACAGUAUAGGAAAGGACAUCGAGAAAGCCUGUCAAGGAAUUUAUCCCCUUCACGAUGUUUUCAUUCGUAAAGUCAAAGUGCUGAAAAAACCUAAAUUUGACAUCGGUAAAUUGAUGGAAAUGCACGGAGAGGGCGGCAGCAAAACUGUCAUUACCGACUCCGGCGAGACUGUGGCCAGGCCCGAGGGAUACGAACCUCCCGUUCUACAAUCUGUUUAAACUGCCAGGGUGAAAAAAAGGACUGUAAUAAAAAUAUACAGUAAA